AUGGGCGGGCAGUGGGUGGAGGAGGGGAUGCCGCCGUCCAACCUGCAGUGCUUCUUGGACUGCACCACCCCCACCGUGGAGACGCACAUUCUCCCCAAGACGAAUGGACGAUUGCCGACCGAUGCCUGGCACCACGCUGAGAUGGACAGCGUCGAGUACUUCAAUCUUGCCGACCUCUGGGAACAGUACUAUGAGUGGAGCGCGUACGGCGCCGGAGCUACGGUGCAGCUCCCAGGAGGGGAGAGGGUAGUUCAGUACUAUGUUCCAUACCUGUCAGGGAUGCAGCUAUACACCAACAAGGCCCUGACUGCAUCCAGGAGCUUUGGUGAAGAUAAUGGCAUGGAUUUCUGGAGUGAUGAUGAGGACAACGAGAAGAUGUCAAGAUCCUGGAGUUCGACCUCUGAUGAAUCAUUGUUCAACUGUGAUGUGCUAUGGUCCAAUAGGAAGCGUCCAGGGCACCUGUACUUUGAGUUCUUUGAAGUAGGUUCACCUUAUGGAAGGGUCCCGCUCAUCGACAAGGUUUAUGAACUAUCCCAGGGCUUUCCUGGAUUGACGUCACUGAAGAGUGAUGACCUUUCGCCUGUUAGCUGGAUGUCAGUUGCCUGGUACCCUAUAUACCACAUUCCUUACCAGCGCAGCGUGAAGGAUUUAUCUGCAUGCUUCCUAACUUACCAUACCAUUUCCUCCUCGUUUCAAGAUCACGGGCUUGAGACCAUGACCAAUGAUUGUUGCCAUCCAGUUGCCAACGGCAAACAAAAUGGCCAUAUGGAUAAAAAGAGCAACACUGUAUCACUGCCUCCAUUUGGCCUCGCAGCACACAAGAUACAAGGUUCCCUCUGGACCAACCCCAUAACAGGAGAUCACAGAAAGAUGGACGUCCUCUUCAGCGCGGCAGACUCCUGGUUGAAGCAGCUUGGAGUCCAGCACCAUGACUUCAACUUCUUCAUCACUCACCCCAUGUGA